CUUAUUCCAAAGUGGGGUAUCAACAUUUAGGACAGAUCGGUUUGUGUGUGCGUGUUCUUUUCUACCUUUGCUCAGUGUGUUCUGCUGAUGGUGACUUAGCCCCCUCACACGGGAGAGACAAACCUAAAGGUUGACAGUCAGAAUUUGAUGACUCUGCAGUGGUGUAGACUUGGCAGACCGCAGCGGACGAGGCAGGUUUGUGUUUUACUCAAGAACUCGUUCACCAAGCCCUAAAAACGAGGUUGGGGCCAAUUCUUGAUCAACCCAUCCCUUGGAGUUCUCUCACGAUCGUCGCGGAUUUGGCUGAAUAAAUCCCAGCAGUGCCUCCACAUUCCAUAACUUGUUGCCGGACAAAGCGGAGAUUUGUUUUCGUCUGGGGAUUAAAUUGCUCCAAAUUGGACCGGAGUGAAAGGUCACCACAACCAACAUCAGUGCCGCUGAAUGCAAUUCGUCAGGUGAAAGUACUUGGCUGCCGUGACAAAUGUGUUGUUACAUCAACCGGUGAAGUCCCCGAGGAGGGUGGUGGUUGGGUCAUGACACGAAAGAAGAGUCGAUUUUAAUCGCAUAACCAGCCCCAGAGUGCCAGCUCACCUAAAGUGUACAGACUAAAACCGAGGACGACGGCGACGACGGCGAGAGACAGUGGCGAGAAUAUCGUUAGACUUGUUUUUGGUUGUUGUUGUUGUUGCUAUUGCUGCUGGUUGAUACAGAUAUUUUGUUCUAUAAAUCAAGUAUAAUCAUCCGAGAGACACCAUGCGCCGCAACACGCGCGUCCUGCUAAAGUACGCCCUCGUGGGCGGCUUCGUGCUGCUCUUCCUGGUGCUGAUCGUGCGCUCGUUCAACGUGGUCGACCGUCAAAACCUGCUCGACGAAAGUCCCGCCGAACCGCUCGCCCAGCACCGCAAGCAGGGCUCGUUCUUCAACGGUCCGAAAAAGAACGUCCACAAGAGGCGCAUCGACUGGCACGAUUACAAGCUGAUCGAGGCCGAGCGGAGUCGGAGUGGGGUGGGGGAGCACGGGAAGCCGGGGCAUUUGGAGAAGAAGGACGAGGAGAUGCAGGACAAGCUGUUCAAGAAGAACGGGUUCAACGCGGUGCUGAGUGAUUUGAUAUCGUUGAACCGGUCGCUGCCGGAUAUUCGGCAUCCGGGGUGUAAGAAGAAGAAGUAUUUGAGUGAGUUGCCCACGGUUAGCGUGGUGGUUCCGUUUUACAACGAACACUGGAGUACGCUGUUGCGGACGGCGUCUAGCGUGCUGUUGAGGUCACCGCCGGAGUUGAUCAGUGAGAUAAUUUUAGUUGACGAUUGUAGUACGAAGGAGUUUUUGAAGGAUCAGUUGGAUCGGUACGUGGCGGAGAAUAUGCCGAAGGUUAAGGUGAUUCACUUGCCUGAGCGUUCCGGGUUGAUUACGGCGCGGUUGGCCGGGGCCAAGGCCGCUACGGCGGAUGUGUUGAUCUUCUUGGAUUCGCACACGGAAGCGAAUGUGAACUGGUUGCCGCCGCUGUUGGAGCCGAUCGCGGAGGAUUACCGGACGUGUGUUUGUCCGUUUAUCGACGUGGUCGCGUGGGACACGUUUGAGUACCGGGCGCAGGACGAGGGCGCGAGGGGGGCGUUUGAUUGGAAGUUUUACUAUAAGCGAUUGCCGCUGCUGCCAAAGGAUUUGGCCAAUCCGACGGAACCAUUUGAGAGUCCCAUUAUGGCGGGUGGGUUGUUUGCGAUCAGUUCCAAGUUCUUCUGGGAGUUGGGUGGGUAUGACGAGGGGUUGGACAUUUGGGGUGGUGAGCAGUACGAGUUGAGCUUCAAGAUUUGGCAGUGCGGUGGUCAGAUGUACGACGCGCCGUGUUCACGGGUUGGCCACAUUUACCGAGGGUAUGCGCCGUUCGGCAAUCCCCGGAAGAAGGACUUCCUUACGCGGAACUACAAACGCGUUGCUGAAGUGUGGAUGGACGAGUACAAGGAGUAUUUGUACGUGCGAGAUCGCAAGAAGUACGACAACACUGACGCCGGAGACCUGUCCAAGCAGCUGGCAAUCCGCGAGAAACUUCAAUGCAAACCAUUCAAGUGGUUCAUCGAACACGUUGCGUUCGACCUCAUAGAAAAGUAUCCCCCAGUCGAACCGCCGGACUUUGCCAACGGUGCCAUCCAAUCCGUCUCGAGCCCCAAUCUCUGCGUGGACACGCUCAGCCACGGUGAAAAGGAAACGAUCGGCUUGUUCGGUUGCGCCGCCGACAAGGCCCAACCCCAGGCGAACCAGUUCUUCCAGCUGUCCUGGCAUCGCGACCUGCGCAUCAAGUACGGCGAACUGUGCUGGGACGUGUCGGAGAGCAUCGCCAACGCCAAGAUCCUGCUCUACCACUGCCACGGAGGCCAGGGCAAUCAGCUGUGGCGGUACGACCUGGACAGCCAGCAGAUCCGCCAGGGCAAGAACAAUCGCUGCCUCGAUAUGGACGCCGACAAGCGGGCCGUGUUUGUGAAUCCCUGCUCGGAGUCGAAUCCGAACCAGCGGUGGAAGUGGGGCUAUCUCAACAUGACCGCGCUGAGGCACUGGGACUCGUACGGGGCGAAGAUUAUCGAGUAGGGGAGGGAGGGAGGUUUGCUCAACAAUCGCAGCACAUCACAGCGUUGGAACUUGUGUGUGAUUUACAAUUGGUAGUUUGGGGAAAGAUAGAAGAAGCUCGUGUGAUAAGAGGGAUUUGUUCGCGCGUAAACGAAAGCAAUCACCGUUGAGACUGGGGCGGAACUGGGAUCGUGGGGAGAAUCGAGGGUGGGAAUGUUCUGAAGUACAACUGUUAAAAAGGGAAGCGAUUCUGGAUGAAUAUUUGGAAAAAAAGAUUCAUUCUUUUUUUUAUUAAAAUUCAAUAAUUGUUUGAUUGGUUAAUUUUUCUUACCAAUAAAGUUUGUAAAAACUUCAAAAGGCUUGAAAAUAUUUUCCAAAAAUGUAUUUAACAUUUUGAGGAAAGAGACAGUUUAGAAAUAAACGAUAAAAUGAAUUCACAAAAAAUAAAGUUUGUUAAGUUGUAAGUUCAACGCAGUGAAUAUCAGAAAUCGUUUAUCAAUGGAGAUUAAAAAAAAAGACAAAUUUAAAAUUAUUAUCUAAUAUCUACACUAAUUUGAAAUGUUAGAACAACUCACAAGUAGUGUAAAAAUCAAAAAAACUUUUUGAAGUGUUUAUUUUUAUUGGCUGAAUAAGCUAAUUCGUCUAGAACCCUAAUCAUAAUAUUUACCUUUUUUGACAAAUGGAGCCUAACAUUUCAAAAGGGCACAUAACUUUUGUAAACAAUAGUGUAUCCCUUUCACUCAAAUGACAGUUUACAUAAGGUGUGAAAGGGACACACUCUAGCCUAAAAAAUGUAUGUGCCCUAAUGAAAUGGCAAGCACGAAAUAUUCGUUGAACAGGAUUGAGUUUGAGCACGGACGUGGUUUGAGCAUAAAAAUGUCAAAACAACAACACUAUUCUGAACCUACAGGGAAAAAAAGUGUUUAAACUUGAUUUUUCAAACCUAUUAUUUUUUAAAAUUUCAAAUGAAAUAUUUUGUAAAAGAAAUUUUUAAGUCCUCAGAAAGGUUAGUUCUUUAAACAUUCUUCUUUCGUUUGCUCGAUAAACGAUUUUUUUUCCAAAUCUGCUUAAAAGGAUUUUUUAACGGUGCACAUCAACCAGGGCUUUUGCACCCAGAUUUUUGUAACAGACAUUUUAGUAUCUUCAAAACUACGGAUACCAUCAAAAUAUUUUUUUAUUCAUCCCCUACAAAACUGUCGUACAACGUACAACAAAGUUUGAUUAAUUUUAUAUUCCCGUUAUUGCAGGUAUGGGUCCGUAAGUUUGACCAUUUUGGAAUAAGAAGACAACAACUUCCUUCGUUGCUGUGCAACCUUUUAAAAUAAAAUCAGUAUUUUAAACAUAAUUUCAGUGUCUGAUGUCAAAAAUCCGUAUUUUCAAAAGCAUCUGAAGGGUUUUGAGCUUCUUUGUAAAAAGUUGAAAUACAGUCCAAACUCUAUUAUCCGAAGGCCUCGGAAAAAUUUCACUUCGGAUAAUCGAACCACGAAUUUUUUUUCGUUGUCUGAUUUUUGAUUAUGCCGAGAGCUUAGGUAUGACCCCUGAAAUACGCUAAAAUGAUUUAGAAUUUUUAAAUCCAAGAUGGCGGCUAAAAUGGCGGUGAUGCAAUAUUGAAAAAAUGCAUUUCAUUUUGUAAUAGGCAAUCAACAACUCAAUUUUGACUAAAAUGGGGUCGCAGAACUCGAAUUUCAUGUUGAAAACAAGAAAAUAAAAUAAAACGAUUUUUUUUUGUUCGUGAUUCGAUUAUUCGAAGUCCCAUACAAACCUUCGGAUAAUCGAGUCUGGACUGUAUUGCUAAUUUUUUCAUUCGAUUAGGACUCUUGAAAUGUUUGAUAUUUAUGAUUAUUUGUUGUUAUUUUUCGAGUAGAUCAAACACAAUUAACUUUGAAAUAAAGCCAUGAAACAUUGAAAUAGAAAAGCAUAUUUAAAAAGCGUGCUCUUUUUCAAAUAUUCUACAGAUUUUCUUUCGAUUGUAAAUUUAUUUUUUCUGGAAAAAUUGAAAACUUGUAAUUAUUUUGCAUCAUUUUUUUUGUUUGCCUCGUUCUUUUGACAAAGCCAAUCUAAAAAUUAGUCAACUGCCAUUUUUUACCCGGCGCUCACGCACACUAUCAUUAUAAACGUUUGAAUAGUGUGUGUGAGCGCCGUGUAAAAGUGGGGUCAAACUUAAAAAGAACCCACAUUUCACAAAAUUCCGCAUGUUUCCAAAACUCUUAAAAAAAGCUCGUUCCAAGGGGACCAUAGUUGAUCCAUCGACAAAAUGUUGUCUUGUCAUUUUUUUUGCAAUAAAACGUUUUUUUACCGUUGUAAAUUUGUAGAGAAAUCGAUCACUCAAAGUAAAGAAGUUAAUUUUUUGAAAAAUGUUCAUCCGGAAUCGCACCAAAGCCCACAACUGCACACUUGCCAUGUAAGAUAAUGAUAAACGAUUCGCGCUUGGCAUUCUGGAUACAAAGUAAUCAAAUUAUAACAACUCUACACAUACACAUAUCUAGUCUGUAAGAUUUUUUUCUCUGUGAGGCAGCCACAAAUUGAAAUAAACAAAAUGUUAACAGGACAUAAGCCGCAUUUAACAAAACAACUUGCCAUCUUCCACGAAACGUAAACGAAACAGACAUUUCCAGAUAAGAAAAACUAAAUGCAAUGUUAAGCUAGAUUUCCGGUAACGCCAAUAUCGAUUUAAGAAGUGGGAAACAAUAAAAAUGAAACUCGUUGUUAAACACACCA